CAUACAUUUCCGUUCAAGCUUGUACCUCUUCCUUGCAUCAGCUUGUGUCAUUCAAAUAUCUUCAAAAUGAGAUUCUUCAAUGUUUCUUUGACCUUUGGUUUGCUCAGUCUCGCUUCUGCGGUGCAAAUCCAAGACUGGCAAGUCAACGAUUCCAGCGCCUGCUCUCCAGGCUGUGUUCGCUCUUGUAUCUUUGCUGGUAUUAAGAGCGAUUCCUGUAAUGGCUGCCGUCUUGCCUUCGCUCUUCCAGGUACCAGACUGGGUCCGACCUACGAUUGCCCCGAAAACUCGGGUUUCAAAAACUGCGUUACACGUUGCCCUGCUGGCUCAGUUUCACGGGAUCUCUAGCAUGGUUAGAGAAUAGAAAUAUUGAUAUCUAUGUUCGCGAGCAUGAGGAUAGCAGUAAAUGAUGGGGGUCUGGUUCCUUUUGAAAGGGGUGGAGGGGAGGUGCGCGUGGCUUGGAUUAUACGUGUUAGGGACCCUAUAUAAGUUAAAGUGUAUAUAAAUCCUACGAUGUCUCUUCUUUAUCACGGCCAGCUAGUUAUAGUAAGUAUAUUAGUAGAAGUUAAGGCUACGAUACUAAGUAAAUUGUUACGACCCAACACGUAUGACGAGGC